GAAGAAGCCUAAUAAUGAAUCUAACUUUCUGCUGAUGAGAUACCAUUUUCUCUGACAACUUUUCUGCCUCAAGUGCCUUACAGUAAUCCCCACUUUGGUUGAGCUUUGUUCCAGUCACAAAACCAGUGACCAAAUACGCCAAAAAAGGCCAUCAUCCCCCACCCAGAAACACAAUCUUCCAAAAGCAGUCUGCCAACGGGCACAUGGCUGGUGCCGAUUUGUAAGCAAAUGUGUGGCUGGGGGAGGUAAAUUGAGCAACAUGGGCGCAAAGUCUCAGCAAUCCUUCACUUGCAGGGUGAUUAUUGAGGCAGUCACCACAUAGUCAACAAGAUAAUAUCAUAGAUUAUUUGAGCCGUUUCCAUGGCGCCUCUGAAAACUCUGAGAAGAGUUAUAAGGGCGACACUACCCCGAUAUCGCAUGCUCCUUUCCGCUUCCCCCUCAAGAACUUCCAAACAUCCCCAUUCCAGUAUAUUCCACUCAGAUCAACAUAGAGGCGACACUCUUUUUUCUUAUACCUCUGGACGCUGGCUAUGGGACGAGGCAACCCAGCUUCAUAAACGGUACCAGCCCUUCAAUGUUGAGGAACUCAAACAAACAGCAGCCAGAUCAGUUAAUGCGGAAUUCUGCGUCAAAAUAAUGAAAUUACCCGAAGGCUUAUACAACAAAGCCUUUCUAUUGACAAUGGAUAAUGACGUCCAGGUCAUUGCGAAAAUCCCCAAUCCUUACAUCCCUCAGAAAUUCAUUACGGCCAGCGAAGUUGCCACGCUUGACUUUCUUCGUAACGAGCUAUUUAUACCUGUCCCGCGAGUCUUUGCUUGGAGCAGCAAGAAGGACCAGCCUGUGGGAGUCGAAUACAUCAUCAUGGAAAAAGCUGCUGGCAAUGAGUUGAGCAGAAGUUGGCCCACUAUGAAUAUAUCAGAUAAGGUUGACAUUGUGUCUCAGUUGGCCAAUAUUCAAGCCAAAAUAGCCGCUGUCGACUUCGGUUGUUAUGGAAGCUUGUUCUAUAGAGAGGAUAUUGAGGGUGGCGUUAAUGUCCCUGGAAUAGCUGAUCAGUUUUGCAUCGGCCCCAGCUGUGAUAUACGAUUUUGGGAAGAGGAGAGGAGAUUCAUGAGCGCUUUUAGGGGCCCUUGGUCGUCGUCUAGGGCGUAUGCGAUAGAUAUCGCCAGGCGAGAGAAAGAAUGGAUCACCCAGUUUGCAAACCCUCGUCAUCUGGCAGACCCCUUGAGACAGUCAGAUAGCCAAGAGUCUCCUGAUUGUCACAUUAAACUCCUCGACAAGUAUCUGGAAGUUGUGCCUCAUUUGAUACCAUCACAUCCAGGUCAAAAUCGGUCUGUGCUUUGGCACUCUGAUUUACACUUUGGGAAUAUAUUUGUAAAGGAGAAUAAGAUUGUCAGCAUUAUUGAUUGGCAAGGCUGCUCAAGUCUUCCCGUUUUUCACGCCUGCAGGAUACCCAAAUUCCUGAAAAUUCAUGGGCCCUUGCUUUUCGACCUUCCGUCAGCGACGGGCCUCACGCCACAAGAAAAAGAGGAAAAUUUACGGAGAUACCAGCUUACACAACUACAGAGCUUCUAUAUUUCCAAAUUCUGCAAAAUUGACAAUGACGUCUUCUCUGCUCUGUCGUUUCCCCAAGCUUUAACGCGACGGCAGCUCAUCGAUUUUUCAGGGUACACGUGGGAUAAUGAUGGAUUGUUUUUGUUUCGAGAGAUGAUGCUUCGAACAUGGCAUGAAUGGUUGGAAUUAACUGGCCAGCCACAGUCCUCUUGUCCUGUGACAUUCGGCGCUGAUGAGCUUGCGUCUCAUGUUGCUGAAGGGAAGAGCUGGGAAGAUCGCAGGGAGCUCUUUGGCGCCCUUGGAGUCCCCAUUGACGGCUGGGUACACCUUGAAGACUUCGAGGCAAAAGUGGAAACAAUGCGUAAUCUAGUGAGUUCGGUCAUAGACGCCGCGGAUGACAAGGAUGGCGUAAAAGACGCACUAAGAGCCUGGAAACUGUCAGAGUCGGGGCCUGCCAGCCUAUUGGGUAAUCUGAUGGCCAUCUAGAGGGCAUUUCCUGAAGUGCAUCCCUGUAGAAUAUAAGCAGUUCAUUGUUCUCUUGAUGCCAUACACUGGUCAUGCAAGUUACCCCUCACCAUGUCCUGCUUCUAUCAGGUGAUGUAGGAAAUUUUCAGUCAGGCUUACUAUGAAGGCGCCUCCCAUGGUGCUUUAUAACUGUUGUAGCCAGGUCCUGUUGCUAUCUGAUUGUCAAACCCCAAAACAGAAGUCCAUUCCAAUACAUGUCAAUUCUGAAAAAGGUGUUAGAGAAAUUCAUUCAGAAAUUCAACAUACCUAAAGCAAAAUCGAAACUCUCUGCCGAAAAUGCUGGAGGAAGGCUCUUUCCAUUGAGAAAUAGCAAAAACAAUGCAGCAUCCAAUUUUCGAGCUGACCAAGGGUCUCUCUGUACACGAAUGACCCUAACACCUUCUCAGUCAACAUGCAAGCAAAUGUGAACGCCUCAAAUACCUCUGUCGGAAGAUUUGCAGAAAAAAAUCCAGACAAGAAACUCUUUGCAUUUUCUAUGAAGAAGGAUGAUACUGAUGAAGAUGUGAAAAAGAAAAUUAUUGACGCAGCAAAAUCUGCAGGUUAUUUGUAGCUGAAAGUUCUUGCAUCUUCCUGCUGGCGGUGGGCUCAGGACUAAGCUUUACAAUGUUGUGAUUAAGUGGUGCUACCAUUGACGAUGAUUUGUUUCUAACCAAGUUUUUAAUCUCCUGAUGUGGUAACUCAUCUUGGGAGUGCUGAGCGCCAAUAUAACCGUUUUGGUGUGUCCUCUUUUCG